GCGCCGGCACCGUACGCCAAAGGAGGGAGAGGGGGCGGGCCUUACGCACUUGGCGCAGACCCCAGGAAUGCAGCCUAGGAAGAGGACUCCUGAGGGAAGCAGGUGCUUGGGAACCAGUUUGAGGCACUGAGAGUGAGGGGAACCCAGAUCUGGACCGGAAGUGGGGGAAAGGGGGACUCUUUAGGGCCUGGGCUUCCGGUGGGGACAGGAAUAAGAGCUGUGGAUAACUGACAGCUCAGGGGAGAGGGGCCACUGAGGGUGCCACUGGGGCAAGGGGCUUUGAAAGGGGGCAAAGGGGGGCUCUGAGGUUCAGUUGGGGUUCUAGAUACCUGAGGGUUAAGAAGAAGCAGGUGUUUGACAGGAAGUGAAGCACCUGAGGCUCCUGAGGAGAACACCUUUCCUAAAUUGAGGACAGGCCUUCUGAGGCCUAGUAGUUUUGAAGUACAGUAGUAGCCUUUUUUGGGGGAGGGGCUCCUUCCUUUCCUGGGAGCAGGUGUCCCCCCAAAGUGAGGGCACCUCAAGGACAUCCCUCUCAUGGAAGCGGCCCCCGGUUCCUUCCCCAGAGAGGCCUCUCUCAGCCCUAAGGAUGUGACCCACCCUCCCGCUUGUUGGGGGGCAGCUCCGCCAUCUUGAGAGCGUGGUGGUGCCGCCCCCCCAGACCUAUGCCCGGCUUCUAACCGCAUAGAGAAUGGAGAAGGUCCUGAGCAACCUCAGUGCGGUGGUGGUGCCCGCCUCGCGCCUCACGCCGGCCUUCCCGCCAGCCGUGAAGGUGGGCCUAACGGCGCUGUACACGGCCCUCUACGCCGCGCUCUUCCUCUCGGUCUAUGCCCAGCUCUGGCUGGUGCUCUUCUACCGCCACAAGAAGCUCAGCUACCAGACGGUCUUCCUCUUCCUCUGCCUGCUCUGGGCCGCCCUGCGCACCACCCUCUUCUCCUUCUACUUCCGCAACACCCUCAAGGCCAACCGCCUCAGCCCCUUCUUCUUCUGGCUCCUCUACUGCUGCCCCGUCUGCCUCCAGUUCUUCACCUUGACCCUCAUGAACCUGUACUUUGCCCAGGUGGUUUUUAAGGCCAAAGCGAAAUACCGCCCCGAACUGACGAAAGGAUUAUUGAUAGUGCGAGGAGCGUGCCUGGGUGCCAGCCUCCUCUUCCUGGCGGUGAAUGUGGCAUGUGCCGUGUUGGUGCGAGUUCGCCGGGCUGAGCCUUGGGCCGUGGUUCUGGCGCGCGUGCUCAUCAGCGACUCCCUCUUUGUCCUUGGGGCUGUCUCUCUUGCCCUUUGCCUGUGUCUCGUGGCCCGUGGCUCCCCUUCGACCCGCAUCUAUCUAGAAGCGAAGGGCACAACGCUGUGCCAAACGGCUGCCAUGGGCGGCACCAUCGUCUUACUCUACGCCAGCCGCGCCUGCUACAACCUGGUGGCCUUGGCUUUGUCUUCCCGCACGCGCCUCGAUUCCUUCGAUUAUGACUGGUACAACGUGUCCGACCAGGCAGAUCUGAUCACAGACCUCGGCGAUCAAGGCUACAUAGUCUUUGGCCUCAUUCUCUUCGUUUGGGAACUGCUGCCCACGUCAUUGCUGGUUGGCUUCUUCCGUGUCCACCGUCCGGCGCAAGAUAUGAGUGCCAGCCGGGUCUUCAAUCGUCAGCUUGGAGUCUCGCGUUCGUACUUUUUUGACCAUCCUGGGCAGCGUGAUAGUGAUGGACUGACCAGCAGCUUGACCGGACGACUGGGCAGCGGCAGCUGGUACGGCUCGAUCAACCGGAGCGGGGACCAGGACUGGUUUGGGGGCCACCCUCCCACGGCCCCCCUUUUGUUCUCGCAGGCCGCGGUCCCCGGCGGCCACCACCACAGCCUCUAUUCCACCCCACAGAACUGAGAGACGACGGGAGGGUUUCGCUUGGAGAUCACCACCGAUGAAACAGGGAGGGCAGGAACCCAGACGUGGUAUUAUUUAUAUCCUAUCACCAAGCUGAACCCCCCGCCCUCCGCUCAUUCCAUUUGCCCUGGGCCUGGUUGGCUCUUUUGCAGGCUUGAAAUCCCCCUCCCCUAACCCCCCCAAAAUAUAUUUAACCAAUAGAGAACUCUGGCACUUUAAUCAGGGGAGGGUCCGAUUUGUCUGUGCUGUUAUUGUUUCAAUGGAUUCGAAUCAAAAGGGGCUCUUUUCUCCCUGCAAUGUUUUGGCGUAGCAUUAUUAUGAUUAUUUCUGGGCCACAUGCUAGACAUGCUGCAGUUUCGGUGCUGUGUGAUCGCCCUCCUCUCCUCGCACUGUACAAUAAAGUCGACUUUGUGUUAGUGA